GAGAAGACAAAGGCGUUGCAACCAAACUCAACCUUAAGCCGGAAACGUAGUCCGUAGUCGUACAGAUCACCACCAAUUGACGAGAAAAGAAGAAUCAAAAGGAAGGGAUGAGUUUUCUCGCGGGAAGAUUAGCCGGGAAAGAAGGGGCGUACUUUUUCCAGGAAUCCAAACAGGCAGUGAGCCGUCUCAAGAAACCGCCAUCGCCAACUCAACCUUCUUCGUCUCCGGCUGCUGAGCACGAAUCCCAAGGCGACGUGCUUCCCGAGGUCUUACGCCACUCUCUCCCCUCCAAGCUCUUCCACGAGACGUCUAAUUCCUCGCCGUCCGCCAUUUACGCAGCUUCGAAAUGGGAUCCCAGCAGCAACGGCGCUUCCGUCAAUGCCCAGGCUCUCAAUCCCCUCAGGGCUUACCUUUCUAUGCCUCAGGUCACCUUUGGCCCCAAAAGGUGGCAACUGCCGCAAGCGAAGAAUUCAAUCUCGGCGUCAACGGCUAACGAUUUGCGCAAAGAUCGUGAUCCCCCUGUAAAUGCCGAGAAUUUGAAGGCUGCAGCUGAAGGGUUAGCACAAAUUGGAAAAGCUUUUGCUGUUGCUACUGCACUAGUGUUUGGUGGUGCCACUUUAAUAUUUGGAAUGGCAGUGUCCAAACUUGAGUUGCAAAGCAGUGAUGAUAUCCGAACUAAAGGACGAGACCUCAUAGAGCCAAAACUUGAGGUGUUUAAGAAGCAACUACUUCCUUUAAGAGAUUGGGCCGAAAAUAUGUCAAAGAGAUGGCAUUUGGAAAGGGAGGAAGAUAUUAAAGAGAAGCCUAUAAUAAAGGAACUUUCUAAGAUUUUGGCCGCAAAGCCAUCCAAUUGAUUCACUGGGGAAAUAAUGCCUUGGAUUUUUUUUUUUUUUUUUUGGAAGUUUGGACCAUAAAUCAAAGGGAAUGAUCAGUUAUUGGAUUUUUCCUUGGAAAUAUAGGUGUCUUACAAGUGAUGUGAGUUGCUCCUGUGUCUUGGAACAUUUUUAUGCAUCAUGCCAUGGAAUGAGUUAAAACUUCAUCAUAGAACUCCAUUUUCUUUCUUUAUUUCUUUUUUUUUUUUUUUUUGAAGGGGAGAACUCCAUUUUGUAUUUGUAUGUGCUAAUAGUGACUACUGAAUGGAGGAUUAAACUUUUUUUUUUUUUAGGGGGAGGAUUUAAAAUCUCGCUUAGUGUUUAAGAGAAAAGAAUUGGCUAAAAUUAGAGAAAGACUUGUAUAGAGAGGCUUACU